UUUUCCGUGCUCUUUCACGGACAAAUCGUCCACAUUACAGAGGAUCUCCCCUGUGUUGAUCGUCGGAAAACACGACCGCAGAAAAAUAAUGAACAUUUUGUUGUGUAUUUAACGCCACGUCUUAGUAAAGGCAUCGGGUAAAACCGUUAUUCGUGCCCCUCAUCCAUGAAUUGGAAUCCUGGGCCCCAGCGCACCGGGUCGAGCCAUGGCGGCCAGGCUUCCUGCCGCUGGCGGCGGUGACACAACGGACGGCGAAAUGGCAGAAGAUGUACUGGUUGAGGAAAACCAAAUGAACUGCAUUUCUCUGUCCGGCCUGAUGACACAAUCCUCGAUGGUUGGCAUGUCAACGACCAUGGAGAUGCCCCGGAAGCGAAAGGGCAGUGUGGACAACCAGGAAACAAGAUUGGCCCCCAUCACCAAUGCAGAUAUGGAAGAGGACCAAAACGACUCAGAUGGAGAGGACCAACAUGCCAAAAUGAAAUGUUUCAGAGAGCCACACAGCCAAAUUGAAAAGAGAAGGCGGGACAAAAUGAACACGCUUAUUGACAAGCUGUCAGACAUGAUUCCAACAUGUAACCCAAUGUCUCGAAAGCUGGACAAACUCACUGUGCUCAGAAUGGCUGUGCAGCACCUCAAAUCCCUCAGAGGUUCUGCAAGCUCUCUCUCUGACACCAACUACAAACCAUCAUUCCUGGCUGAUGAGGAGCUCAAACAUCUCAUUUUAAAGGCUGCAGAUGGGUUCCUGUUUGUAGUCGGCUGUGAUCGUGGGAAAAUUGUUUUUGUCUCUGAGUCCAUCACGAAGAUAUUAAAUUAUAGUCGGGAAGAACUGAUUGGCCAGAGCUUCUUUGAUUAUGUCCACCCUAAAGAUAUAGGCAAAGUGAAGGAGCAGCUCUCAGCCUCUGAAUUGUACCCACGGGAACGGCUAAUCGAUGCAAAAACUGGUUUGCAGGUCCAGGCUGACCUGCCAGUCGGCGGUGCACGACUGUGUUCAGGUGCACGGCGCUCCUUCUUCUGUCGCAUGAAGUGCAACAAAACUGCUGUCAAAGUGGAGGAGAAGGAAUUGCAAGCAAGUACUUCAAAAAAGAAAGAGUCUCAGAAAUACUGUACUGUCCACUGUACAGGCUACAUGCGCAGUUGGCACUCCAGUCAGCUGGAAGCAGAGGGUGAGGGCGAUGCAGACAAGCACGAUAGCUCUCAUUUCAGCUGUCUGGUUGCUGUGGGCCGCAUUCACUCCCACUCAUUGCCUCAAGUUAAUGGAGAUUUCCGAGUCAAACCCACAGAGUUCAUCACUCGCUAUACCAUGGAUGGCAAGUUCACCUUUGUUGAUCAAAGAGCAACAACUAUUCUUGGUUACCUUCCCCAAGAAUUGCUUGGGACUUCAUGCUAUGAGUACUUCCACCAAGAUGACUUACCGCAUUUAGCUGACAGCCAUCGAAAAGUACUGCGAAGUAAAGAGAAGAUAGAAACAAACAGCUAUAAGUUCAAAACUAAAUAUGGCUCCUUUGUCACACUGCAAAGUCAGUGGUUUAGUUUUGUGAACCCAUGGACCAAAGAAGUUGAAUAUAUUGUGUCAACAAAUACAGUUAUAUCGCAUGAUGAUCACAGUCGAUUAAGUCAGUCAGGGAACAAGACUCAACAUUCUUCAAACGCUUUAGGAGGCAUCUCAACCAAACCCGAGACGAGGAUAUAUGCUGGAACUAUUGGAACCCAGAUUGCCAAUGAGCUGCUUGACUUUAACAGAAUGAACUCGUCACCCUCCAGCGGUAAUGCGAGUCCGUUUAGUCUGCCAGUGGACAAAUCUCCUCUCAAAACAACAAACAACCAAGUCAAGAACAAUGUGCCAAAUGCUGAUGCUACCGAGAUGGAGAUUCCAGAGAAGUCGAGCUCAGAGGAUGACCCCCAGGGAACACUAUUUUCUGGAGGGGAGGCACUCAUGGGGGACAAUUCACAGCUAGACCUGGACAGUGUGGUUGAACCAGGCCUUGGGAGUCUUAGCAAUGAUGAAGCAGCUAUGGCAGUGAUCAUGAGACUCCUGGAGACGGACUCAAACCUGGGUGAAGGCGAGGACUUUGAAGAGAUGCACUGGUCCUUGUAGAAUUUCCACGGUUGAAAGGCGAGACAGUGACAAAGGAAACCUUUCAGGUUUUCCAGUUUUAUUUUUCAAUCUUAAAACCUGUUAGAACAAAUCUUCUUAACAGAAAGUGUUUUGCCUAUAAUAAGGAACACCGGCUUUUCUCUGGAGGAUGCAGAUAAGCUUCCAAAGCCUUACCGCAAACUGCAUGCCAUGGAAAAUAUUGCUUGACUGUCAGCCCCUGGUUAAUCAGUGAGGCCUCACACAGUUGGCAAAGGACAGUGUCAAAGCAAACAUUGGUUUGGGAAUCUUGAUUAUGUUUUCCAACUACACUUGAACACAGGAUUGGAGAGAUGCAAAAAAAAAAAACAUGCGCUGCAUUGAAUUUUUAUUUUUUUUAUUUUUUUUUUACUUUUACAUUAACUUUUGCUAAAAAUGGAGCAAUGGUCCUUGUGUGUUUGAACCUCAUCCAUCCUUCAUUUGCCACAGAGCAGCUGUUUUUGUCACCCUCCCUGUGGGGUUUUCAGCAGUGCUCAAUAGACAUUAAGAGACGGCUUAGCAAACACCUCAUAUCUAUCUCAUUAAAACUAUAAUAUAGUUUAUGUUCUGAGUGCGACAGAAGAGGUGAAUACUCAGGAGUGACAGGGAACAAAGCCACCCAAUGUAAGCAUACAGUCAGUUUUUUUUGCAGCUGUAGCAGUAUUUAAUAUUUUACAUUAUUUCACUACAUACUUAAACUUGAAUUAUAUAACUGUUCUGUUCGCAUGUGCAUCUGUGUUCCUUGUGGUCUGCUUUAUGAUAAGCAUUUUAUAUUUUUAUUCAUUAUUGCAAUGGCAGUUGUCCAUUAAUAGAUUUAAGGGAUUAUAGCAUGCAGUCAUCAUGCAUUCUAUAAAUGUUUGAAUUAUGCCUCUUUUUCCUUGUAAUUGUCACUUCUACUAUCAUACAGGUAAAGUUCUGUUGCUGUACUGUGAUCUGACAUUUGAAUGAGUCCUUCAGUUAAAGUUACCUCAUCUUG